CUUUUCAGUCUUUUUUCUCGCACCACUGCCACACUGCGCAGCCCGACUUCCUUUCUGUCAAAAUAGUCGACAAAGAUGGCUAUCGGCUCCAAGAUUAUCAAGCCCGGCGGCGCAGAUCCCGAUGACUUCGAGAAGUCCAUUGCCCAGGCUCUUGUCGAGCUGGAGGCCAACAGCGACUUGAAGCCUUACCUGCGCGAUCUGCACAUCACCCGUGCCCGUGAGAUCGAGUUCGGAACCAAGAAGGCCGUCAUCAUCUACGUGCCCAUUCCACAGCAGAAGGUGUUCCAGAAGAUCCAGAUCAUCCUGGUUCGCGAGCUGGAGAAGAAGUUCUCGGGCAAGCACGUUGUCGUCAUUGGCGAGCGCAAGAUCCUGCCCAAGCCCACUCGCAAGGCCCGCAACCCCCUGAAGCAGAAGCGUCCCCGCUCUCGCACCCUGACGGCCGUCUAUGACGCCAUCCUGGAGGAUCUGGUCUACCCCGCCGAGAUUGUUGGCAAGCGCAUCCGCGUCAAGCUGGAUGGCUCCCAGCUGGUCAAGGUGCACCUGGACAAGAACCAGCAGACCACCAUUGAACACAAAGUUGACACCUUCACCUCGGUCUACAAGAAGCUGACUGGCCGCGACGUUACCUUCGAAUUCCCCGACAACUACCUGAAUGUCUAGAGCGGGUUCUCGCACAUCGUCGCGAUGGUUCGGUUUGGUUCAUCUGGGAAAGUCACCCCGUUCUGUUGUGCAGAAGAUGAGUUUUUUACAUGAGCUAGAGAACGUAACGUGAAUAAACAAAAAAACCUUUUAAAACUAA